CGGACGGAUGUUCUUAUCAAUUUAUAUACACGCACACACAGGCGAGGGUGAAAUAUGCCGCUCCCUAUCGUAUCUUGAUGAUCGUCCGGGGAGGUGUAUUUGAUUGCCGGCAAAGAGAGAGAAAAAAAGAGGAGCUGCUACAUAACAUCACCGAAGUGUAAGUACAGGAGCUCGUCUUGAAGAAGGUGAUAAGGUGCUUUGGCUCAAUUCACUGGAUGGUCGGGAGGCACCCGGUCUUCCAUGGCGCUAUUAGGAGUAUUCAGCUCCAACCAUACGAUGCCGAGCAUGAAACGUCAACCCUCGUCCAGCUUGAAGAGGUGUUCAUUCAAGCCUUCAAACCGGCCCAAUCAUUUUCCAUCCCUUUCCAAUCGCACAACAUAUGCUACUGCCCUCCCCGCAGGUGGAAGCGAGAGCAACAGCCGAUAUCAAACAACCGAGCGAGCGCUAUAUCGCCCUCUGCCUCACUCCAACCGGCACCGGUUAGGCAAGUAGAGUGUGCGAGCGGAGUGUAAGAGAGAGUGUGUGUGGGAGAAGAGAGUCGGAGGCAGCUAACUGUCAAACAGGGUAUAGCUUUCGCUUCAAAAUGAACGUUGGGUAAUGAACUUUUUAUUUCACCGAAAGCUGCGUUACCGAGCGGACGUACCCCGAACCCGGCGCGCGUAACAAAAUUUCCCCGUGCUUCUUGGUUCUUGGCUCUGGUAUUUUGUUUUUGUCUUGGGCUUUACCGUUCCUUCCGGCGAGAAAGCGAUUUAAUUGUUUUCAUUAAAAAACAAGUUGAUAAAAAAAUAUCAAAAAACGGUUAAAGAGAAGUUUGAAUAGAAAAUAUUUAAAAUAAAAACGUGUUGCAAGUGAGCAUAAGAAAACAACGGUUAGCAAAAGUAUGAAGUGAUCUAAAAAAUUGUCACCGGUUCCGGUGUUAGUUAGUUUCCCGCCGAAACGAAGAAAGUGUGCAGAAUUAUUGAUAAGAGACCCCGGCACCGGCAAAGCCCCCUUUCGUCGCUCUUCCAAAACCAAACAUUUGCCCAACAGUAAAACGAGAGUGCAGCAGAAGAGUAUAGUGGGAAAAUUACACUAACGGAUUUUCCGACCCACUCCCAUGCUGUGAGUGUUCCCGUGUGUUCCCGUGUGUCUGUGUGUUUGCGUUGGGAUAGAGUGCAAUAACAAUCGUGUCUCCAAUCUACCGGCGAAACGGGAAAGUGAACGAGGUGAAACGGGACUAAGCGAAGGAAAAACGGUCGGCGCUCCAAACACAUAUGGAAGCGUCCAAGCAGUUGAAAACUCGGCUCCCUCGGUGGCGCUUUCGAUGCGUUUGAUGCUGCUGCUCUAGGGAAGGGCAAGAGCUAAUCAUUUGCUGCGUGCGGAGAUAAUCAACUUCCCUCUUCCUGCGUUUCUUUUUUUUUUUUUGAUUUCGGGUGAACGCCAACCAACCAACCACCCUCCCGUGAGCAGACGGGCAGAGCCCGCGUCGCCCGUAUGUCGCCCGCGCGUACUUAUGCUGAUAACUACUCCAUUGGUAGCAACAUAAUCGUCUCCGCCGUACGCACAGAGUGUGUCUCGCUUCGUUUUUUUGUGUGUGGCCCAGCAUAGCCAAACCAUACCACCACCAUCAUCAUCUCGCAGUGAAACAUUGCAACCGAACAAAAGGGCCGAAUUCAUUAUUCCCUAUUCUGCGGAGUACAGCAACAAGUGGUUUACUGACUGCGAGGCACACAAACACACAUCCUGGUGUGUGGAACUUAGCCACCGUUUCUCCAGUCCAGUGCCCAACUACCGUGUUGGAUGAUCGAUUUCGGAAGGCAUUUUGAUGAGCUGUGUGAGGUAGCGUGCAGAAGUUUCACUAUACACCAAGAACGACCCUGAAAAAUUGCCGACCUGCUGAAUAGAAGAGCCGUGUACUGCUCGUCUCCUAGUGAGUGUGGGUCUGGAACGAGCGCAAAAGCGCAACAUAAUUAGAGCUAAUUAGCACCGAACACGGCAUCUCUGUUGCUCUCUCUCGCUGUGUCUCUCGGUGCGAUCAGUUACGCCCUGCUGAUCACGCAGUUCCGACCAACGUCCGGCAAAGUGUGCUCUCCGAUCGUGGCGAUCCUUAUUAUCGGGCAGUUCCUGUGGGAUCUCUCCUGCGGUGUGUGUCUGUGUGGAAGUGCGUGUGACCGUUAAGUGUUUUUCAAGUGACCCGGUGAGACGACGACCACGUGCUCUUGUGUGUAUUCUCCGUGCAUCUCUGUGUGUUUCAGUGCGUUCCUGUGUGUGGGUGUGUUUGUGUCGCUGUGUGUGUGUGUAUACCCGGUGAGUGUGGUCAGGGUUGAGUUGGGUCCUCUGGUUGGGUCGCAAGGUGGAAUGUGUACCCAAAAAGUACGUGAACCGGUCAGUGACAGUGCUUCUUCAAUGAAUUGGUGCGUGUGAGAGCCCUUCUUAAUAAUCGUUCAACGACAUCCGCAAACGCCGAAGCGGUUUUGUCCCUGAAGUGCAGAAGUUCUUUAAGAUAUUCGGGAUUAAGCCCGAAGAAGAAGAAAAAAAACCAACAAGAAUCCGCGAAUCUUCACCAAAGAUCCGUGGUAGUGCGUGUGUGUGUGUUUGUGGUGGAAUAUCUCGCUUCCUUUUGCUUCUACUACCUUGCUACUGGGAGCAGUCGCCCAGCAACGGCCGUCAAGCUGGAUUACCUAAACGCGAUGGAUUUCGACGACGGGGACCUGAAGGACAUUUGGGACACCGAUCUCGAUGCGAACCUCCAGGACACGCUGAAGAUGUCCAACUAUCCGGACAUCCAGGACUGGAUGGAUCCACACUCGAAGCUGCCGCCGGUCAUCCUGAACGACAAGCUGAUGACGGACGCCAUCAUCGGGACGUGCAUGCCGAUCAAAACCGAACACUCGUACAGCCUCAACUCGGACGGCGAUUCGCUGCCGGACACCAUUCCCGACUCCCCGCACAGCCUGCAGAACAAGAUGGAUGCAGAUAUGGAUGAGGAAUGCUAUCCGGCAAUCAGCAUGAAUGGCAGCAGCAAACAUCAGCACAUCAUUCACAGACAGCAGCACCAUGCCAACUCGUUGCUGGUCAACGGGCAGACGCGCGACAGCAAGCCACCCUCCUUCGCCGGGAUGUCCCUGUUGACAAACGGUGCCGGUGCCAUGCUGUCGAACGGUUUGGUGACAGCCCAGCAACAGCAGCAGCAGCAGCAGCAGCAACAGACGGCACCGUUGGGUGCGAACGGUCCCUUCGGCAGUCUGCUUAACAGCAGCAACAACAACAACAACCAUCUGGCGGUGAAUCACAACCUCAACCUCAAGGAGAGCAUCGUCGGGCUGAAGGGGCUGGCCGGGUUCGGUUCCAGCUCGUCCUGCCACGACUCAUCCUCAUCCACCUCCGCCAGCAACGCAUCGGACAUCGAUAUCGAUGAGACGACGGUCAAGGAAGAGCCCCUGUCGCCCAGCUCGAGUUGUCCACCGUCCCCCGUCGGUUCUGGCUGCGGUGGUGGUGGUGGUGGAAGUGGUGAAGGUGGUGGAGGCUCCCUCCUGAACAGCUUUUCCGCCUCGUCCGUUAGUCUCGGCGGAAAUAUGGCCGGCUACACGCACUCGGAUCUUGUCCUCGAGCAUAAGAACGGUUCCCUCCAGCUGUCAUCCGCCACACAGAGUCUGCUCAAGAAUCAGCAGAUCAUGAUCGCGUCCAGCAUUCCCCAGCAAAGCUCAACGGCCUCAACCCAGCAGCAGCAGCAGCAGCAGCAGCAGAAGCUCGUGAUGUCCAAGCUGAACAUCAAGAUGGAACCACAGUCCUCCACCGCGUUCGGGCUGCCGCCGACACCGCCCUCCUCAUUGCCGAGCGACGAGUCGGAAGGCAACCAGAGCCCCGAACAUCACGUUUCCCCCAUGUCACCGCCGACCGAUCACGGCAGCACGUCGAGCGGCGCCAACUCGACCGCUUCGAGCCGCCGCACGUCACUGCACGCGAGCGGUGGUACAGGGGCCGGCGCCUCCAUCGGCAGCACCGCCGGUGGCAGCCAAUCGGGCAACUCUACCUCCCGCCAGUCGUCCUCCACAGCUAGUCACCACAGCUCAGCUGCAUCAUCACCGUCCGCCAGCAGCUCGUCGAGGCAGCCUAUUCACACCCCGCUCAUCAGUAGUCAACCGAAGGGUUCCACGGGAACGCUCAUCUUGACGGAAGAGGAGAAGCGAACACUGCUAGCAGAGGGCUAUCCCAUCCCUACCCGGCUUCCGCUGACCAAGGCCGAGGAGAAAUCUCUCAAAAAGAUCCGGCGGAAGAUCAAGAAUAAGAUCUCCGCCCAGGAAAGCCGAAGGAAGAAGAAGGAGUACAUGGACCAGCUGGAGCGCCGGGUCGACAUACUGGUGUCGGAGAAUCUCGAGUACCGCAAGCGGGUCGAGGCGCUCGAGGACUGCAACCAGAACCUGCAGACCGAGCUGUCGAAGCUGCGCCAGCUCAUCAGCCGACAGGGUGCGCGGAAGGCGUCCUAAUGUGCUGUUUUUGUGAGUGUGAAAAUCACACAGGCACACAUACACAAAUGUACAAACUAAUGCUAAUGUCCCGAAGACACGCCGGGUCGUGUGAGGAAUCGUGUUGGAUAAGGGAAAAUGGAACAGUUUUCGUGCAAUAAGCUAGAAAGGCUUUCGUACGAUUGGUGGCGCCUCUCCAGGAGGCGAGCGCGCGAGUGCCUCGUCAGAAGUGCCGAUCCCACGGUUUCGGGGUGAAGUCUUCCGCGUGAGUGCAUCGGUUCUAGGUCCCCGCAGGGAUGAAGAGUUGUUAUUUCGUAGCGCGUAAGUAGUAAUGUUUAGGGUGAAAGGAUGGAUUAGACACUGUGGCAGUGAGGGGUGCUUGUGUCUUCGAGGCCUAACAAGCAGGAAACGAACGUAGUUAACAUUCCAAAACCAGAGCCGAGGUGGCGUUUGUAGUCUAUUUUUAAAAGACCCGACCGGGACUGCACAGGAUAGUAUAGAGAGAAAGAAGGUGUAGGUUGCUAUAGCAAGCUCUUUAUCAAAAACGGAGAGGCGGUAGAAGAGGGUUGGGUUCCUGAUAACGUGUGCCUUGUUGUUUUGUAGGUACCGUACACUGUGGGCAAUCUCCUAUCCUUACUUGCCUGCCUGUCACUUCAAAAUUCAGCGUGAUUCUCACGCCUUAAAAUGACUCCAUUACUUGCGGGAAUGGACGAACGGUUUUUUAAAAAUUUGGUUGUGCUUUUCUUGAUAUAGGUUGUUACCUCGCUUGAACUUUUAACUUAGCAUUUAUUGGCAAACGCGUCCAUGCGAUGAUGGAGCCGUACGACAACGCCUGCGCGCUCGAGCGCGUCAUCUAGCGGUCGCUAGUGUAAGCCAAUCAACGAAAGCAGUGUUUCUCAAAUGCGAUCCAUUUAUUUUGAACACAUUUACACGUCCUUUGUUACUUUUAGAGCAAGGAUUUUUUUUCUCUCUUCACGUAACACAUAUUUACUAUUGAUUUGUAACUUUGUUUUGAGGUGACACAGAAAGGAUUGUGUGUACAGAAAAUGGCAUUACAUGCUGCUGGCUGCCACCGUUCAGCAAAUGUAGCAAAUGUAAAUAAAGCAUCUGGUUCCAAUUUCCUUUGCCCUUUCUGAAAAAAAAACACGGCAGGAAAUUGGAACUACUGCAGCGAGACAACAGUUCGGGACUGAUUCGGGUAAACACUAAUUACUUUCUACUACGCAUUUGGUUUACAUUUGCUUGUUGUUUGUUUGUUUGAUGUUUGUUGGGUUGUUUGAUUAGUUGUAAGUGACAUUCAUUUGCAUUGCUAGAAGCUGUCCGUUUGUUGUUUUGGAUUACUUUCGAGUAAGUGGGAAUAAAAACAAUGACUACGUUUAAGCACCCUGUACAGCUUGGUUUGCAAGUACGUAUUACACCUAUGGGAUGCGUUGUGAGGGAUGGCUAUACGCUUGACCGUGUUUGGUUUUAGAGGAGGAAAUAUUUACUAGCACAAAAAAAAAACGCUGCAUGCUAGACAAGCACCAUCGUAAUGCAAAAUGUAUUCUGUAAUUAGCAUUUGUUCGAUGUUUAACAUCGUGUGUCGAUGAAGAUGUAGUGGAUUUAAUCAUACUGUACAUACUGGUUCAGCAAGCGCGAUUCCCGAUGGUCGGAACCGCUGGAACUUUUUCUCUCGAGUGUCAAACCUUUUGAGUCAUUUUGUUUGUUCUAAAGUGUGCGAAAACAACGUUCCUUCCCCCUUGCCCGGGUAGUGCUGGGUUUGAAGUGAAGUGGUACUUAUCAUACUUGAGCUAGUAUUUGCUGGUGCAGAACACAACAGAGAGACGCCUAUUUUCAUACGCCUUUGCUUUUCGAAAGGCAAACAGUCGUCUACAGCUUUUUAUACUUAUACGCGUUAGGCAAUUAUAAUUAAAAGAGAUGCAGAUUAAAAGAGACAGAUAAGGAAAUGAAGAGAGAAAGAGAGAUAAUAGUAGCCUAUUUACAACGAGGAUGUGUGGUGAGAUAAAUGAAUACAUUUUUAAAUCCCAUAAACACAUCCAUCCAUACAACCAUUUGGUGUUACUUAGACUAAAUGCUCAUCACUGAGCUAUUGUCAAUACGGAGAGGACUUAUGAGACGCGCUUAAAUAGACAAUUGAACAAGCAGAUUGUUGAACUGUUCAGUGCGCUUAGUGGAGUAAUCACACAAUUAUACAAAACAAAAACAUACCUACGCGAACUUAGUGCGAUGUAAAAGAUAACAAACUACCUAUUUAUAGACAAUGUUACUGUGGAACCAAUCGAUGACUUAAGUAUAUAGCAUGUAAAUUGAUUAGCUUAUAGUAUGUAUUGGUCUAAGAGAGAAAAAAAAACACACAAGGAUAAGCAAAAUGAGCCUUUGAGGAAAACAAGCACUACUUCUCACAACGAGCAAACGGGGGUAUUGGUGUGGUGUGGCAAUUGCAAUCCAAAACAGCUGGGAAUUUAUAUUCAUUCAGUACUAAAGUACUAUCAAAUCCGCCUAACGUUUCGUUUGUCGUUCGGGUAGCGUUUACUUACGUGUUAAGGUUAAGCUUUGGGUUUCAGUACUGUCAAUGUAGCGGAUAGGAAAUAAUACACGGCGAACUCUUGAGUGAACUGUACUGCACGAAGCAACCUUUUUCGGACCUUUUUUGCAAGCAUCGAUUCGGGAAGCAUCAAAAUCUGCCAUUUUAAUUAUUUAAUAGCCUUACAUUCGGAGACGCCUUGCAAAAGUAGCAACGGCAACGCAAAUGGUUGAGAAGCACUGGCUCACAGUCGCGUGCACAGGGUAGGCAAGAGAAGAGUGAGAGGCAAAUUAAAGUUUAUUUUGAAUUUAGUUACACACACACAUACACAUACAUGCAUACAUACAUUCGCUAGCUUUAGAGUCUUAUUAUUUUGUCGUUUAGCUUAAGCGUACGUUAGGAAUGCAAUUGUUUAUAUUUGAAGUUAAUUUAUUAGUCUUUUAGAAGGAAAAAAAACAACCCUUUUUACAUUACCAGCAGAAAAUAUGCAAUUUAAACCCGGGAGAAAAAGCAAAAAACACUGGAGAACGUUUCGGCAUUGAAGAUGAACGUUAUAUGUAUUGCAUUUGUUUUAAAGAUGUUUCCUCUAUUACUUGUUUGACUUAGUAUCUAAUUUGACUGAUUCACUGUUCACUGUUUCGAUUUUAUUAGUUUCUCCAUUCUAUUUGUGCUAGUGUUUUUUCCGUCUUAGUUUACAUUUUCAAAGGUGCAAUCAUCAAACUUUGUGUGUGCAAACCAUUACACUACUGUGCAAUUCUAAAGAUAUUAAACUUAUUCGUAUUGUUUUGUUACUUGUUGUUUCGGUUUACUUCUUUUGUUUGAUUUUUUUUUUGCAAUCGCAGAAAAAAAAUCUGAAAUUUGUUUAUCAUUAUUUUUUAUGAUAAUUUUGGCAUACACACUGCACUGUUUAGUGGUUACUUUUUUUUCUCUUUCUACUAAGUAGCUUCUAAUAGGCAAUUAAAAACACCAAACAGUCGAAACAAAAGGGAACGAUGGCGAGCGAAACUAGAUUCCAUAUACAGUGAACGAUUUAUCAUGUUACCUAGCGGUGGAUUGCAGUGGGAGCGUGCAGAAGGCAUAAGAAUGCAAAAGCGGCGGCACUUGAGGUGGUUUAAAAAUAUCUACGUUCUUCUCCGUUCAACCCUAACCUAGGUUAGAUGAAAUCAUCUUGUGCAGGAAGUUGUAAAAACAAAACCCCCAUACACACCGGUGCUCCCCGACGCUCGAAAGCAAUGCGCUCGAGUCGAAGGUGGAAAUGUCUAAAACUAAUUCCAACCGGCCUGGUAGUUGAAGUAAUCCCACCUUCAACGGGCAUCAUGCAGGUGGAGACGGACGGAUGGGCACAUCUGCAUCCACGGUCCGCGAAACUGCACCAUGCAGUCACUAUUUUUAGACCGUGCCUCACAGUCAGUCGUCGGUGCAAAGAUCAGUGGGCCGGAGUGGGUUGUUUGUUUUUGGCUAGAAGUAGUCGUUGACUUCAUGAAACUGCACUAUCAAACAGAGCAAAGGAAGGGAGAAAAAGAAGAAAAAAUGCAUUUAACAGGAAGAGAGGAGACGGUAUAAACACAACCGAGGGGUUUCGAGACAGACAGGAAGUUGCCAGACCGAUUACAGUCGCGACAGAAUCACAGCCGCGUGGAGACUUAGAAGAGAGUGAGAGAGAGUGAGUGAGUUGCUCUCACAAUGAAAGAUGGAAUGCCGGAUAUUGAUAAUGUGUGCAUGUGUGUGUGUGAGGAAUGUGCAGGACAUAUUUUGGGACUUAGACAAUAGCAUAAGCCUAGCGUAAGACUUUAUGUUAAGCAUAGGUUUGUUUUUUUUCUUAUUCUUUUCGUUGGUAUGUUUGUUCCCACACAAUCAGAGCCUGUCUUUUCGUUUCGUAUCGUCUCUCCAAUAAGCGUUUAGGCUAAGGUAUCGUUCCAACUAGCAUUACCGUGUUUUUUUUUUCUUUCGUGGCCUAGCGUUUAAGACAGAUUUAAUUAUUGUUUUGUUCGAUUUGUUUAAUGCAACGUUUAAUUUGACCGAUAGAAGAGAAGGGAGAGACAGAGAGAGAGCGAUGCGACAGUGCCUCGGGCAAAUGCGUACCACAUGUGGAGAGAAGCCCGAGGCACUACAAUAUGCAACCGCAAGCCGGUGUUGUACCAAGAUAAAUGUGGAAAAACCAAUUCCAAUACGCGGGGUCAGAAAUAAAAUUUCCUCACUUACA